UUCCGGUGUGGUGAAUUUGUUGCCUGACAGCCAUCAGCAAAUCGAGCGCUAGAAGUGCAGUGAAAAUUUGCUUUUCUCCCGUAAAUUCCCCGUAAUUUGAAGUGGUAGAAAAUGGCAGCGCGACGUGUUACACAAUCAAGUGUGAACUGGGCUUCUCUGGCCGAGCGUGUGCCUGCGAACCAGCGCGCCAACUUCAUCGCCUUCAAGUCCAGGAGCGACAAGUACUUGAGGAGCGUCCAGGCCAAUCCUGAGACGGCGCCGAAGAUCGACUGGGCGCGCUACAAGCAGGCCAUUCCCGUGGCUGGUCUCGUGGACAGCUUCCAGAAGCAGUACGAGGCCGUGAAGAUUCCCUAUCCGGAGGACACGUUCUCCGGCGAGGUGGACAAGCAGGAGGCGGAGGUGAAGCGCGAGAUAGAGACGUUCAAGCAGGAGUCGGAGGCGAGGAUUGCCAAUUAUCAGAAAGAGAUUGCGCGUCUGAAGUCGCUGUUGCCAUUCGAUCAGAUGACCCUGGAGGACUUCAGGGAGUCCUAUCCCGAUGUGGCCAUCGAUCCACUCAACAAACCCACUUUCUGGCCACACAAUCCCGAGGAGCAGUUCGGAUACAAGCCCAAGGAUCAGGCUGGCGAGACCGGAGGCCACUAAAUUGGCCGGAAAUGAUGUCCGGAAGCUCCUAGCAUGAGAUUGCUCUGAAGGAAAUUGUAGAUUUGCUGUCCGUGGGUGUAUCUAUUAAAUUCUAGUGAAAAAAAGA